AAUGGCCACUCCAUAAUGGUGGCUGGUGAGGCUGCAGUAUCCAUGGGAGUCGUUGUACUGCUCUGGCUUGAGGUGUCUCUGUUCCCUUGUGGCCUCUCCCAGGCUGGGCGUUCCCAAAGCCUCAGCUCCCCAGAUGUGGUGAUCCCCUCAAAGGUUACCAACAGAAGCAGAGGUGCAAAGGCUCCAGGCUGGCUCUCCUACAGCCUGCAGUUUGGGGGCUGGCAACAUGUUGUCCACAUGAGGGCUAAGAAGAUCUUGGUUUCCAGACAUCUCCCAGUGUUCACCUACACGGACCAGCAUGCCCUCCGCCAGGAUCAGCCUUUUGUUCCUGAUGACUGCUACUAUCAUGGCUAUGUGGAGGGGGCCCUGGAGUCCCUGGUUUCCCUCAGUACUUGUUCUGGGGGCUUUCAAGGAAUGCUACAGAUAAAUGACAUUACUUAUGAAAUUGAGCCCAUCAGGCACUCUACCACAUUUGAACACCUGAUUUAUAAGAUAAACACUAAUGAGACACAAGUCUCACUUAUGAGAUGUGGCUUAACAAAUAAACCACAUCAACAGAUGGAAUUUGAAGAGGCCGAAAAAUUAACUCUGAGACAAAAUUCUGCUCAUAACUGGUGGACCCACUCAUGGUUUCUGGAGCUGACUGUGGUGGUAGAUCACAAUUUCUUCAUUUACUGCCAAAGUAAUUUCUCAAAUGUGCAGGAGAAUGUAUUUGUUGUUGUUAACAUAGUGGAUUCCAUUUAUCAGCAGUUGGGUACUUAUGUGAUUUUGACUGGAAUUGAGAUUUGGAAUCAUGGAAAUGUUUUCCCAAUGAUAAGCAUAGAACAGGUUCUGGAGGAUUUCUCUCAGUGGAAACAAAUCAGUCUUUCCCAGCUACAGUAUGAUGCUGCACAUAUUUUCAUUAAAAAUUCACUCAUAAGUGUACUUGGGAUAGCCUAUGUUGCAGGAAUAUGUCAUCCUCCUAUUGACUGUGGAGUUAAUAAUUUCAAAGGAGAUCCCUGGUCUGUUUUUGCCCUCACUGUAGCUCAUGAGUUAGGUCACACUUUGGGUAUGCAGCAUGAUGAAGAAUUCUGUUUGUGUGGGCAAAGUGCUUGCAUCAUGAAUGCUGUCAGAGUGCCAUCAGAGAGAUUCACCAAUUGUAGUUAUGCAGACUUUACAAAGACCACUUUAAACCAGGGAUCAUGUCUGUACAGUCCUCCAAUUCCAGGGGCAGUCUUUAUGCCGAAACGCUGUGGGAACGGUGUGGUUGAAGCAGAAGAAAAGUGUGACUGUGGCUCUAUAAAGCAGUGUGAACAAGAUCCCUGUUGUCUGUUGAACUGCACUCUGAGGCCUGGGGCUGCUUGUGCUUUUGGACUUUGUUGCAAAGACUGCAAGUUCAUGCCAGCAGGGGAACUCUGUAGACGUCAGGUCAGUGAAUGUGACCUUCCAGAGUGGUGCAAUGGAACAUCUCAUCAGUGCCCAGAAGAUGUAUAUGUGCAGGACGGGAUUCCCUGUAGUGAUGACAGUGCCUACUGCUAUCAAAAGAGAUGUAAUAACCGUGAUGAACAGUGCAGGGAGAUUUUCGGUGAAGGUGCAAAGAGUGCAUCUCAGAUUUGCUAUAAAGAAAUUAAUUCCCAGGGAAACCGUUUUGGCCACUGUGGUAUAAAUGGCACAACAUACCUCAAAUGUCGUACUUCAGAUAUCUUUUGUGGGAGAGUUCAGUGUGAGAAUGUGGGAGGCAUUCCCCAUCUGAGAGACCACUCAACAUUACAGUACACUCACAUCAAUGGUGUCACCUGCUGGAGUAUUGACUAUCACCUAGGGAUGAAUAUACCUGAUGUUGGUGAAGUGAAAGAUGGCACCAUGUGUGGUCCAGGAAAGAUCUGCCUACACAAGAAGUGUGUCAGUCUGUCUCUCCUGUCACGAGUCUGCUUGCCUGAGACCUGCAACAUGAAGGGGAUCUGCAAUAAUCAACAUCACUGCCACUGUGGCUAUGGGUGGUCCCCGCCCUACUGCCUACACAGAGGCAACGGAGGUAGCGUUGACAGUGGCCCAGCACCUGCCAGAAGAGUUUUCUUGCCAUUAUUUGUGACUCUUGCUUUGUCUGUUUUGCUUUUACCUUUGACUGCUAUAUUUAUGUACCUUCGAAAACGUUUUGGACCCGAGGAGACUAAGACUCAAUCUUCAGAUUAAGAACAUGCCUGUUAUUUAAUAUCAUAUACAUUACUAAGUUUUAAUCUAUUGGCAUUAGAAAUAUUACUCCAUGCCUGACACUGAGCACAUUUCUGGCAGUUUACAGAGAAAUACAGAGACCUUCCCUUCUGUUGGUAUCAGGAACAUUGCUGUCAAGCAAAGGUAAUUCCUGACAUCUUCCUAUCUACUGUUCACUGU